GAUCAGCUGGCUGGAAUUGUUAGCAUACCGAAUGAUAUUUCAUGGUAAAAUAGCCAUGAUUCUAAGAGAAUGGGCUCUAUUGCUUCUGUUCUGCAGUGGCACUGUGAACGGUGCACCCUAAUAAAUCCAACGGAACGUACCAGAUGCAUACGGUGCGGGACACAUCGCGUAAAUCAGUUCAGUGACAAACCAGAUGCCGUAGCGAGAGCAGGCCGGAAUGGACAGGUGAAAUCAAGCUGCAGAACAACAGAGGAGGAAAACACAGCACGUGAAUAUGAAACAGUGAUUCCAAUAUCGAAAGGAACGGCAGAAUUCAGCCUGCGGUCAUCUGGGAAAGAUUCCUCCUCAUGUAAUGCUGGGCCAGCUGAACCCAGUUUGCAGUGGACAGAGAAGCCUAGUGAGGACACAGUGUCAACGUCAUGUACUACUAAACAGUCCAAGGUGGAAGCCAGGGAAUUCCACGGCAGCCCCCUAGACAUAAGUCCAACAGAAGGUGGCAUCCCCAUUAGAGAAGAUGAGAAACGCUUUUCAACUUGGGGUCAUCCAUGCCCUCUGAGUAAACGCGCUUCACAGCAGUGCCAAGCCCAUUUUGUUCGUUCAACAAGUGUUCCAAGUCUAGCCCACAGAUGGCUGUGUUCACAGUGCCAGUUUCUGAAUGUGAGUGUAACUUCCCGUUGUGCAACAUGUGGCAAGGUUAAUCUUGAAGUGGAUCGACAACUAGGCAUUGGCACUGACAUUGAAAAUGUUGUGGAGAACAACAGUGGGGCAAUGAUGGCCUCUUCUAUAGCAUCUGUAGGUCCUGGUCAUCAGGAGCAUGCUGGGAACUGGUACAAUGUGACGCCAAAGUGCUGUCAACAUGGUCAACAUAGCGACAUGAUGGAGCAGAGUGUCUUUCCUCAAUGUGGGAUCAAACGUGAUUGUCAGCAGGGUGAAAAGUGGAAUGAUGAGCAUACUCAUGGCACCUCUGUCUCCUUGGAUGGAGGUUUGACGCCAGUAGAGGUUCCCAGCGGUGCUAGGUUGGUGCAGAAUUUGAACUCAGUUGUCAUCCAAAACAGUACAGUGACAGCAGUUUCAAGUACUAGUGCCAGUACUCAAGACUGUGUUGAUUGUAAAACUAACAGUAUUCAGGACACGUCACAGAAUAGGUCACCAAAGCGUCAGAAUCCAUCAGUGUAUGAACGUGUGAAAUCCAAAGUAAGCAGAUCUCUUUCGAAUGGUUCUGUCCAGAAAUUGUGGAUAGAUACAACACCCAAAUCUUUUAUGAGUGGAAAUGUCUUUAGACGUCCCACCAGUCUUGUUGUAGAUAACGUUAGUGACGAGAAAGUUAGCAGUGUUAGCAGUAGUAGUAGUAGCAGUGGAAGUAUACAAGGUUGCAAAAUUGGUGAUAAUUCAGGCAGGGUUAGUGACAUUCGUAAAUAUAAAUUUCUUUCUUCUCAAAAAUCGGCUUCUAGUUCUACGUGUUCUUGGACGUGUCCACGAUGUACUUUAGAAAAUGUUGGAAUAAGGGACCGUUGUGAGGUGUGCGAGACCCCUAGAAAACCAAAUCUUCCCUUGGGUUCCGUCCUACGUUCAGGGACGCUUCCUAAUACGUUGCCACGUAAUGGCAUUGUGAUCACUGUUCCUGACUGGGAGGAAAGCAAGCCUGCAGAACCUCUGAAACUUAAACCCACAGUGCUGCAAGAUCUCUCAACACUUAAACCUCCACAAAGUGUUCUGCAAAACAGUGGUGAUGCUGGUGAUCCAACAUCACCUGGAGACACUGCUUGGCAGAGGCCAAUAUAUCGACGAUCCUUCUCGGAAAUGAAUGCAGUAUCAAAUGAUAUGGAUCAUUGCAAGGCCUCAUCAAAUCGGCGGAGCAUGAUAGAAACAGAUGCCCAAGGCAACAUCCCAGUGAGAUCACCAAUAAAUCUCAAUCUGCAAUUGCAGCAGUCACAAUCUGGUAACAGAUCUGGAACUAGAUAUUCAUAUAUUGGUAUCACUGAUCCUUCUACACAGCAGCAGAUAAGAACUUCUAUAGGUUUGAAUCAUAAAUCAAUUGCUCCCAAAAAGAGACUCAUUCCUCCACCUGUCCUGGAUGUAAUGGACCUUAAUGAUUCUAAUAAUGGGAACAUCAACUCAUCUUCACCAGUGACAAACCAUAACACUCUGCUUUCCUCCUCUUCAUCAAAUGCCUCUUCAGAAACCUUGAAUUCUACAUUUGAUCGCAUGUGGACUUGCACUAAAUGCUCAUAUGCCUACAAUCCACUGUGGUCAGACAGCUGUGACAUAUGCAACUCUGUUCGUUCCCCUCCGUCUCUUACAGAACCCAGCCUCAUCACAGUGACUAAAGACAGCGUCAGGUAUACUCCGCCUAAGAGAGAUGAUUUUGAAGAAUGUGAAGGUGUUAAUAACAACGAUCCCCUGACCUUGGUUCUUCCGGGUCCUAUGGCCACCUUGGCCACACUUGAGCAGGAUCUAGAUGAUGAUUUCCAGUUCCUGCCUGGUGAUGGAUCAAGUUCUCCCGGAACAACAUGUGAACAGGAGUGGACCUGUAAGAAAUGCACAUUGGUUAAUUCAGGUACUUCCAUGGCUUGUGUUGUCUGUGGUGGCUCUAAACUCCGCAGUAUCUCUAUGGUAGAAGACAUGACGCUACGUAAAGGAGAAUUCUGGUCUUGUGUUCAAUGCACAUUAAAAAAUCCUCUUAGUGCUCAAUCCUGCAUGGCCUGCAAGACAACUAAAAAGCUUCUAGAGGUCCCCAAAUCUAGUAGCGGUAGUGGCGGCGGUUCCAGGAGUCCUUCUCCACGACCUUCAUCAUCUCGACUAGGCAGUGGCAAGGUUGUAGGUAGUGGUGCCAUUCCAAAACAGAGAGUUGGUGGGAGUAGGAGAGGUGCUAUACCAAGCGGUACACCCAGGAGUAACGGUGUGGCCAGUCGCAGCGGCCAUCACCGAUCUGGCAACAUCAACAGGGACUUACAUGUUGACCAUAUGUCCAUGCCUGCAUCAUCAACAGGUAGCAGGAGUCCACGGGCCAUUGAACAGCAACCCGUCACACCAUUGGUCUCAUGGCAUUGUAUCUUAUGUACGUAUGAGAAUUGUACAGCUUCAGUUUCGUGUGAGAUGUGUCAGAGUUCACGAUGUCUCUCCUCAUCUGCGGUGGUUCUUACCAAUGGUAGGACAUCAGCUACUCCAUCACCUGGUGCCUCUUCAGGGCCAAGAACUUCUAGUAUGAGCAACAGUAUCGCUGUGCUUAAACAGGAGAGCGAGCUCAUGGAAGAUCUGAGGCAUAUCGAAGAGCAGGAGGCUCUGGAAAAGUGGGAGCGCAUUGUUCAAUACUGCAGAGAGAACAAAGAACCAUUUGUAGAUGAUUCAUUUCCACCAGCCCCAAAAUCAUUAUACUACAAUCCAUCUGAAACUAAAGAUAACCAUGUUGUUCAGUGGCUUCGCCCACAUGAAAUUGUGAUGGAAGGAGACUCGAAACUGAAGUGGGCUGUGUUCCGCACACCUUUGCCUUCAGACAUUUCACAAGGUGUGUUGGGUAACUGCUGGCUCCUGAGUGCCCUUGCAGUGUUGGCAGAACGAGAAGAUCUGGUCAAGAAAGUUAUGGUGAUGCGAGAGUUCUGCCACCAGGGUGCGUACCAGGUCCGCCUCUGCAAGGACGGCAAGUGGACAACUGUGCUUGUUGAUGACCUCCUGCCCUGUGACAAACGUGGCCAUCUGGUCUACUCCCAGGCCAAAAGAAAACAGCUGUGGGUUCCGCUUAUUGAGAAAGCAGUAGCAAAAAUUCACGGCUGUUACGAGGCCUUAGUGUCUGGGAGAGCCAUUGAAGGACUUGCAACCUUAACUGGUGCGCCUUGUGAGAGUGUGCCCCUUCAACCAUCAUCACUGCCAUCAGAAGAUGAGCUGGACCGAGAUCUGAUCUGGGCCCAGCUGCUGAGUUCCCGUCUGGCUCGAUUCCUCAUGGGUGCAUCCUGUGGUGGAGGUAACAUGAAGGUCGAUGAAGAUGAGUACCAACGUAAAGGUCUCAGGCCUAGGCAUGCAUAUUCUGUUUUGGAUGUCCGGGACAUGCUGGGGAAUAGACUGCUGCGAUUACGUAACCCGUGGGGCCAUUACUCAUGGAAAGGUGACUGGUCAGAUGACUCACCCAUUUGGACGCCUCAACUCAGGGAGAUGUUAAUGCCACAUGGUGCAUCCGAUGGUGUCUUUUGGAUCUCUUUUGAAGAUGUCCUGAAGUACUUUGACUGCAUUGACAUCUGUAAGGUGCGAUCGGGCUGGAACGAGGUGCGUUUGCGCGGAACACUGCCUCCUCUUUCAUCUCUUGAUCAUUUGUCUUGUGUUCUGCUGACUGUUCUGGAACCCACAGAAGCAGAGUUCACUCUCUUCCAAGAGGGACAAAGGAACUCUGAGAAAUCUCAGCGGUCACAGCUGGAUCUUUGCGUAGUUGUUUUUCGCACCAGAUCGCCCGCCUCCCCUGAGGUGGGACGGUUGGUAGAACACAGCAAGCGUCAAGUCCGCGGCUUUGUAGGCUGCCACAAGAUGCUGGAGCGUGACCUCUAUAUUCUUGUUUGUCUCGCAUUCAACCACUGGCACACAGGAAUGGAGGACCCAGCAAGUUACCCAGAAUAUGUGUUAGCCAUACACAGCUCGAAACGUCUGCUUGUGGAGCAAAUCUCCCCACCAGCGUAUGUGCUAGCUGAUGCCAUCAUCAGCCUCACACUUGCCAAGGGGCAACGUCAUGAGGGUCGUGAAGGGAUGACUGCCUAUUAUCUAACCAAGGGUUGGGCUGGCCUCGUUGUAAUGGUGGAGAAUCGUCACGAGAACAAAUGGAUCCAUGUCAAGUGCGACUGCCAAGAAAGUUAUAAUGUAGUGUCUACUCGUGGGGAACUACGUACUGUUGACUCUGUGCCUCCUUUACACAGGCAAGUGAUAAUUGUGCUGACACAACUGGAAGGGAGUGGAGGCUUUUCAAUUGCACACCGCCUCACACAUAGACUAGCCAAUACAAGUGGUCUUCAUGACUGGGGACCACCAAACACAAGUCAUUGCCCUCCAAUAGAUCGACAAGUGGAGGGACUCCAUUCACCACGACUCAUCACAUAGCAUAAGCCAGUGCCACAGAAAAUAUUGAUCUCAUCAGCCAGUUCCAGCAGUCGGAAGAGACUUUACACUCCACUGCAAGAAGGCCUCAUCUGAAAGUUGUCAUUUGUUAUUUAAUAAUAAGUAUUAUUAUUACGAGACAAAAACUUCAUGAAAUAUUUGUUUGGUUCAGUGAGAUACCUUUGUACUUAACGAAUGGCAAAAAACUAGUAAAGUUACUGCUUUGAAGGCAAAGUGAACCUAUUAUUGAAUACAUAUUUUUUUUUGUAAUGAA